AUGACUCGGGAGAAUUCAGAGCUUCAUCCAGCCGCCGGUGCUACCCAACAACAGCAGCAGCUUGGUUCCAAUGAAGAUGCUAAUGACACCGCAAACAAAGAAAAUGAAUGCACGCGGCAUUUGGAGACUCUGGGUGUCAGUGUGUAUUACUUGGAGCGCAUCUUUUUGGAGGAAUUAAAGGGUGCUUCCACAAAUGAUACACAGUCUCGUCCUCGCUCUUCCAAAAUAUACGAAAUUGAAAACUUAAGAGGUCCUCCUGGCAUCAUCCGAACCAAAGGUGCCACUGUUAUAUGUCCCUUGGAUGGAAGAAUGGGUGCUGCCUAUGUCCACUGUCUAAAAGGAGAAGACUACGUUGGAGUGGCAACUCAUAUGCUCAGCUAUUCGUGGAGCUACACGAUUGGGGAUAUUGUGGAUACUCUCUCUGAUUACUGCCUCCACAAUAGUCUUGACCCAAAGAGGACCUAUAUCUGGAUAUGCUGUCUCUGCGUCAAUCAACACAGGGUAGUGGAAAACUCUACCAGUACUUCUCAAAAGUCAGGAAUGAUAAUUCCAUCCCAUGUCGAUUUCUUCCCUAUCUUUGGAGAACGGGUGCAGAGGAUUGGGCAUCUGUUGGCAAUGAUGGCUCCUUGGAAUGCACCUGUGUACAUCACCAGAAUCUGGUGUAUUUUCGAAAUCUUUACUGCUCACACCAAUGGAUGCACCAUAGACAUUGUCAUGCCACCAAAAGAGAAAGGUACUCUUGAAGAAGUGGUCGAUGACAAAGGUGGCGAAUUUGCACUGACUACACUCUAUGGGACUCUGAGUAACACUAAAGUUGAGGAAGCCAAGGCUUCUGUGGAAAGUGACAGACUAGCCAUCCUGCACCAAUUGGAAUCAACUGUUGGAUACUCAGUGCUCAACAAUCAAGUGAAUGAAUUGUUACGUGGAUGGAUGAAGGAGGUCCUUUUUCAUCUAGUGAAGACAAGGGAAAACACCAACAAUCUGCAGUAUGUGGAAUUCUGCAACAGUAUUGGUAUGAUUUUUAGGGGGAAUGGAGAGCAGGAUGCAGCCAAAAAGCUCCACCAGGAUGCUGUGGCGAUUUCUGAAGCCAACCUGGGCAAGAAUCAUCCUGACACUGCUCAAUCUUACAACUAUCUGGGCUCUGUUCUAGUUGAUAUGGGUGAUUAUGAAGGUGCGCUAUCAAACUUCAAGGAAGCUCUUGCCAUGAGAGUUGCAAUACUGGGCAAUGAUCAUGCUCAUUUUGGAAACACCCUCAACAAUAUUGGUGGUGCAUUGAAGGCUAAGGGUGACUAUGACGGAGCCCUAUUAAAACACAAGGAAGCACUUUCCAUCUUCGAGUCAGCAUUGGGCAAAAAGGAUCUCUCAGUGGCAACUACCUACUUGAGUAUCGGUUCUGUGCAGGAUGCAAUGUGUGACUUUGAAGGUGCUUUGUCCAGGUUUGAGGAAGUACUUGCCAUUAGACUGUCAGUGUUGGGUAGGGAUCAUCCUGAGACUGCUGAAUCCUACAACAAGAUUGGCGGUGUGAUGUAUGCAAAGGGGGACUAUGAAGGUGCUUUGGCAAAGUUUAAGGAAUGCCUUUCUAUCCAAGAAUUCGUACUGGGAAAGAACCAUUAUGAAACAGCCAGCAGCUACAACAAUAUUGGAAAUGUUCUCUAUGCCAAGGGUGACUAUCGUGGUGCUUUGUUGAUGGACAAACAAGCACUUAUCAUCUUCCAGUCAACAUUGGGCACAAGUCACCCCUUGGUAGCAACAAGCUACAACAAUGUGGGGCUUGUAAUGAUGAAGAUGGGUAACUAUCAAGGUGCCUUGGAGAAAUUCAAGCAAGCUCUGGAAAUGCGACUGCCAGUAUUAGGCAAGAGUAAUCCGGCGACUGCUGAAUCCCACAACAACAUUGGAUCUGCUCUGCUUCGUCUGGGUGAUUACGAGGGUGCUUUGUUGAAGCACAAGGAAGCUCUUUCACUUCGAGAGUCGGCAUUGGGCCACGAACACCAUGAUACUGCUCAGUCAUAUAAUGAUAUUGGCAUGGUGCUGUUCAAGAAAGGGGACCACAAAGAAGCCUUGUCAAGAUUUAAAGAGUGCCUAGCCAUCUGGGAACCCGUGUUGGGAUUGGAGCAUCCCAAUACGAAGGCAUGCCUGAAAUGGAUUGAAAUUGUCAAGGAAACAGUACAGCAUGGAUAG